GGUAGCCUCCCCAAUUGUACAAUCCGCGUGAAAAUUCCUGCCAGCUUUCGACUCGUAGUCCAUUCUAUAUUCCUCGACUACGACAUCGACCCACAAUGGUCCAGAUAGACCUUUCCGCAAAAUACCUCCUUACAAGCGAAGCUCUCGGCUCAUCCAAAGCUCUUGCUUCAACCGGCAGCAACGACUCGCUCCUGAUCGAGCCCACCGAUUCGGGCGACAGCCAGCUAUGGUACUUUACUCCGAGCGCCCUUGAAGACCACUUCCGACUCCACACCAUUCAGAAAGGCGAUUUCGCAGCCUUGGACGUCUACAACUACAACGGCCGAAACUCGCUCGAUCUCCAUUUCUAUGCCAACCAAGAGCUGACCGGACAAUACUGGCGAGUUGAUGAUUGGGGCGACGGUAGUGUGAGGCUCAGCAAUAACUUCACGGGGCCCGAUAUACACUUAGAAGUCAAUGCCGAUAACUGGAAAUUAACUCUUGCCGGCGGCGACACAUCAGGUCAGCAUUGGACUCUCAGUCUGCCUGGGGAGACAUCUACCGCUGCCACUUCCCGAACACCUGGACCAAAAACCAGCUUUACCACCAAUUCCACUGGCUCAUGCACAUCGAGUUGCUCUGCGACCGCAACUUCUGGAGCUCAGAACGACCUUUCGAAAGCACAGAUUGGAGGAAUAGCAGGCGGCUCAGUGGCUGGAGCUCUUCUCGUCGCUGCAGGCGCGAUUUUCUGGUGGCAAAGAUCGAGGAGAAGGGCAGGUGUCGAGCGACCAAGGAAGGAAGCGAUGCGAAGCAACGGCCGAAUUGAUUUCAAAUGAGAGGGUGCCCACUCCGUGUUCUUUCUUGUUCGUGAGAUUUCUGGUGACGAACUGGGCUGAGGAGCGGCAGCCUGUAGUAAGCGCUGUAAGCUCUCGCAUGUCUGGCAAAAUAUUCCUUCUAGCAGAUAUGUGCAUAGUAAUCAGCCAAUCGCAAAC